CUUUGGCAACCUGGCCCAGAAGCUGUGAUGACCCUUUCUGGCAGCAGCAGUGCCAGUGAUAUGUCCGGGCAGACGGUGCUGAGCGCUGAAGAUGUGGACAUCGACGUGGUGGGAGAAGGGGACGAGUCCCUGGACAAGGACAGCGACUGCGAGAGCCACCACGACCACCUGGAGGAAGGGGACGAGCUGCUGGUGGACAAGGAGCUGCCUAGAAGCCCCUCUGACAGUGCCAACGAGGCUGAGGGCAAAGGGGAUCUCCAGGAUGCCAGCUCUGCCCUCCAGAACAAGCCCAAAAACAGCCUGGUGAAGCCCCCUUACUCCUACAUCGCCCUGAUCACCAUGGCCAUCCUGCAGAGCCCCCACAAGAAGCUGACCCUCAGUGGAAUCUGUGAGUUCAUCAGCAACCGCUUCCCCUACUACAGGGAGAAGUUCCCAGCCUGGCAGAACUCGAUCAGGCACAACCUGUCCCUCAACGACUGCUUUGUCAAGAUCCCCCGAGAGCCUGGCAACCCUGGCAAGGGCAACUACUGGACCCUGGACCCCCAGUCCGAAGACAUGUUCGACAAUGGCAGCUUCCUGAGGAGGAGGAAACGCUUUAAAAGGCACCAGCCUGACAACUUGAGGGAGCAGACUGCCCUGAUGAUGCAGAAUUUUGGGGCUUACAGCCUGGCCAGCCCUUAUGGACGACACUAUGGGUUGCACCCCGCUGCCUACACUCACCAUGCGGCUCUGCAGUACCCCUAUAUGCCCCCUGUAGGGCCCAUGUUGCCCCCAGCGGUGCCCCUCUUGCCCUCCAGUGAACUCAGCAGGAAAGCUUUCAACUCCCAGCUCAGCCCAAGUUUGCAGCUGCAUUUGAACAGUCUAAGUCAAGCUGCCUCUAUAAUCAAGUCUGAGCCCAGCAGCCGACCCUCCUUCAGCAUAGAGAACAUUAUUGGGGUGUCUGCCGCCUCCUCAGUUGCUGCACAGACUUUUCUCAGACCCCCAGUGACCGUCCAGUCAGCCCUGAUGGGUCACCAGCCCCUGUCCUUAACCAGAAGCACAGCCACCCUCACCCCCAUCCUCAGCGUCCCCACAAAUCUUAUAUCAGGACAGUUCCUACCUACAGCGGCCGCAGUGGCCAAAUGGCCAGCGCAAUAGUCCAGGCCAUCACCCCACCACCCCCUCUCCCUCCUACGGACUUUGAACUUGAAAAAAAACCCCUGCGAACAGCCACGAAUCGCUGCGAACUUUCUAAGUAAUCUGUACAAAAUUCGGGAAUGCUUUCUGUACAG